UGACGUCAUAUUUACUAGCCGGAAAUAGUUGUGUCCGCAGAGGAAAAUGGCUGGGCUGCUGAAAAAGACGACCGGCCUAGUGGGCCUGGCUGUGUCCCACAAUCCUCAUGAGCGUCUGAGGAGUCUCUACUCCAAGAUCCUGGCGUCCCUGCAGACCAUGCCGCAGGACGCCGCCUAUAGGAAGUACACCGAGCAGCUGGUGGGCGAGAGGUUCAACCACGUCCAAUCAGAGCCGGAUGUUGAUAAGCUGGAGAAUAAGAUCAACUGUGGGCAGAUUGAAGAGGUUAUUUUCCAGGCUGAGUGUGAGCUGUCUCUGGCAAGGAAGAUGUCUGAGUGGAAACCCUGGGAGCCGCUGAUAGAGGAACCCCCCACCAACCAGUGGAAGUGGCCUGUGUGAGCCCCCUGUGUGUGCUGUCAUACUGUGUGUGUGAGAUCAUCCCUGCUUCUAAUGAAGUACUGUACAAAUAAAAACCCUUCAAACAUC